GACGAGGAAAAGGAGGAGACCAUAGUCCGGACGAAUUUUGAGGGUGCACUAAAGUGGGCUUUAGUUACCGAUGACAGACUCGGGAUCAUGCUUUCUUCAGGUGUUACCGUAAAGGUCUCACCAAGUUUUGGGAAGCAUUGGUCCAUGAAUGAUCAGCAAUGGAGCAGAUCACUUUUCAUCAUGAUACUGUGCUGUCAGAUGUUCACAUGCUCCUGCCCAAUGGACACCGCCUCAUGACACGCCUCAACUGUGUUGGACAACCUGUCUUCACCUCCAAAUUCAAGAUCUUGUCAGAUGGUGAAAAGCAUGACAAUGGGAAAAAUUUAAAGAAGGCGGAUAAAUAUAAUGAUCCAAGGAAGGAGAGUGAAAGAGAUACAAAAGCCAAACAAGGAGAGGAUGGUGAGGAAGGAAAUUUGGAACAAUUCAUGGAUGAGGACGGAGACCUUGACAUCCACUAUCGACCAUGGAAAAACCCUACUGAAGGUAGUGGGAGAGACUUGGUCUGUCCAGUCAUUCUCAAACAGUCAAACCCUGUACUUGAACAAGAAGAGGAAACUAUGGCUGAUGAAGUUGAUACGUGUUUAAGGGACAUUAUAAGGAUUGGGCGGAAAUCCUGCACCAUUCUCCAGUCCUUUCCUGCUCCUUUAGUAACCGGCAGACUGGGGGUGUUCCAGGCAGAGCGAUAG